CUGAACUCAUGAUAUGAAAUAUAGUAUAAAUAUUAUAAAUUAAAAUUUGUUCAGUUGUUUGAACCACCCAAAUUUCAAGGAUGAGCGACCUGGUCACAAAUCUAGGUCGUCGUCACGGUACCGACCUUUGGUCACGUUAGCGUCAAACUAAACGCUAUUGGUCGGUGUGUAGGUUAUUGGUUUUACAUGGCCCUGGUAUUUUAGUUCGUCCGUUCGCGGGCUAACUGCGAAUUAGGAUAUGGCUUCUGUGGACCGAGGGGAUGUAGGAGAUAUUGACGCACUUCUGAGGGCUGCAGAGAUUCUAGAGAAAAAAUUGUAUUCAAAAGGUGGUUAUGGCACGGCUGACACACUUCUGAAUAUCAACGUGACUCAGUUUCUGGAGUGGUUAAGUACCGGUGACGAAGGUGAUGGUAAUGCCUCUCUGGAUCCUAAAAUUUCUCCAACUAUGCAUGUAGAGCUAGCGAAUCUCAUACAAAUGUCAGGAUGUCAGAAAAUCAGUGACUUACAGACAGUAUUCGGAUCGGCCCGCAAAUUAGUUCCUACCAAACCAACUCCUCUGAGCUAUUCAGAUGGUGAUCCGGUGUUUACAUAUCAUCCUGAUACUUGGAAGCAAUGUACUGCAUCUCAUUUAAGAUCGAAUUCUGCUUCUUCGAAGUUGCCGCAAAGUCACUGUCGUGUCCUCACAGCUGCUACAGGUGUCACUCAAUUAUCAGAACCAUUUCCAGUUGGAGGAAUUGGAACAACAGAUGAACCGGAUGGAUUGUCCAGCACAAGUGAUGAUGUUUGUAUGGAUAGUUCAAGUCAAGACAGCUAUUCGGGGAAUACAGCUCCCGUUCGUACGAAUACUGAUGUUAUGCACAUUUUGAACGCAUCCCUUGGUUCUGAAUUUAAUAGCAAUGUGGAUCCUGGGAACAAUAAAUCUCAGUAUUCUAAUUGUCGUUUGAGAUCAGCUCUACUAACACCUUAUUCUCCUGGUUCUGAAAUACAUUCCAUUAACAGUGUUAGGCACUUGAAUCAUUUUUUGAAUAAGGAUCUCUCCACUUCUAACAUAUCUCUUCAACAGAGACCAGUUACCGAAAGUAUUCAACCCGAAAUAUUUUCUAAUAGUACUUCAUCACAACGACUACUGGAAGUUCUUUCUAGGCCAUAUGAAAAUUAUGAUGAUUUAGAUCAACGUAACUCUAAGUUUCGAGCAUCUGAAAGCCCUCAAAGUACUCCAACUGUUCAUCAAACUUCCUGGAGUGCGCCUCCGUCUGUCUCAUCCAGUAGUUGUGCUACUCCGGAUAAAGAAUGUUGCGAUAUACCGAAUCAAAGUGAAAUUCCCCAACCAGUUCGUCCAACACGUUUCAGUUGUUCAAGUUUACCCGUAAAGAAACGCAAGUUGGAUUGGAAACAAUCAGAUAAUUGGUUCCCUGAUUUACAGUCAUCUGAUAAGCAUUUAUGUAAAUUUAGGAAAACUCCCAACAUUAAUUCGCCAGAUCUUGUUAGUACUACUGGUUUUAUGACGACACUAAGUCAUGAUAAUCUCACAUACUGUUCAUCGAGUGGGAGUACCCCAGAAAGGCGGAAAUCGGUUGGUGGUAGUAUAUCUGUAUCGGAUAGUACUCAGCAGUCUGUCAUUUCGAAGACUACCAUUCCUCUAUUGAGAACUUGUUCUGUGCCUGUAAACAAUGAACAGCGUAUGAUUCAUUCAUCAAAACUUUUAGAUAAUUUGACACUUUCUAAACAUUUAAUUGAAGAGAAAAAAUCGUCAAUAAAAACACCUUAUCAAAAUCAUUUUUCUGUUCUUACUCGUACACUAACCGGUUCGGAUAAUAUUAAAAGUCAUAUUAACAGUUCAAAACAAUAUUCCUCUGAGUUGACAACAGUGUCAAAUGGUUCGGAUUUUUCAAAAUUAUCAAAAGAUAAUAUUUUUAAUAGUAAUGAUAACAAGAAGAGGAAAUAUGCCACUCUUUCCAGUGUUGAUUUUUGUACUACAACGGUGGGUAGCAACUAUUGUCCCGGUGUUUUUAAUAAUAAUAAUAAUAUUAAUAAUAAUAGUGAUGAAGACUCGUAUAUUUCAAAAAUCAAUCAUUCAACGACAUCUUCCACUAUUCAUUACAAUGCAAGGAAACCGAUAACAGCGGAUUUAUUAUUUCGUUCACCACAUAGUACCCAUAAACAUCGUUCUCAUACCCAGAAUAACAAUGACAAUAGUAGUAAUCAAUUAACACUCUCUAAUGCCUCUGACAACAUUCAUAAUCGUAAUGAAAUAUUUGAUUAUACAAAUGAAGUUCAUCAACAUCAUUGUUUCUUAAAACUACAAACUGCUAGAACUGUAGAAAUGGAUGUAUCCAAUAUAUAUAAUAAUAAUACUAAUAAAUUAAAUGGAUCCGCACCGGUGGUAGAACGCAAACACAAUGGUCUUAUACAAACUAUACCGCAUAAUGAACAUAACAAUACUGUAUCACAUCAAUUAUCUCACACACUCAAAGAAGAUACUGUUUAUAAUUUUAAUACAAUUUGUCAGAAACAAUCUAGCAAUUCGGACAAUAGUAAUGAUAUCAUAUCAGUUCAAAACAGGAAUAAUCUUGUUAAUAAUUAUCAACAAUUAUCAUCUGUUAUUAGUCAGUCAACAAUGCUUCCUGAAUAUGCUGUUACUACUACCUCUAAUCCAACAACAACUACUGAUGUUAUUAGUCAUAAUCUUAAUACUUAUAUUGAUUCAAGCAUCAAAAGUGAGUGUACACGUGUUUCUGUAAAUUCCAGUCCUAUGAAAUCAAUUAUGCCAGAAUCUACAAUCAAUAAAUCACCUACGGAACAGUUGAAAUAUUCACAUGGAAAUUUACCUAAUGGUGCUACCACAUUAUCACCAUCAUCAUCGUCUGUGUUAGCGAAUCAAAUGAAUGUCAACGGUGCACAUGUUAUUAUGAUGCUUUCUCCAUCUAUCACAAUCCCGACAUCUGUUCAUUCAUCGUCAGCUAAUCAGAUUAGUACAUCAUCAUCAUCAUCAUUUUCAAAUGUUCAACAAUCUUCUUCCAAUUAUAAUAACAAUAAUAAUUCUAAAAUCAUACCACAUUCAUCUAAUUGUUCUCAAACUUAUACUACCCCCGCCAUCACUACAUCAAACUUUGUAAGUAGUAGUAGUGGCACGUCAUCUUUCCCCUUACUUUUAAUCUCUGCUUCUUCAUCGGCCAGUGCGGUUGCAUUAGCUGAGGCUGCUGCUUUAGCCACAGGAGUACCGUCGACAAGUUUUGUACCCGUUCCUGUACAAGUCACUACCUAUGUCCCUCCAGCAUCAUCAACAACAAUCACAACAACACGAUCAAUAAAAAAUGAAGAGCAUAAUGACAAAUUAAAUAAUCAAUGUAAAAUUUCCAAUUCAUUGAAUAAUGAAAUUAACACCAUUUCAAAUCAACAUUUUAUUCUGUCAGUCAUGGUGACUGAUAAUCAUGUUCAUAACGAUGAUGAUAAUAAUAAUAACAAUAAUGGCAAUGGUGAUAAUCAGAAAUCAUUUUCAGUUCAAAGAAAAAUCCCGUUUGUCUUAAGUACACCUAGCUUCCAUUCAAAUGUCAAUAAUAUUCAAAAUGAUAGAAAUAUCAUUACUGAUGGUAAACAACAUCAUUCCACUCCAUCAGUAUUAAAAGAUAUUUCAUUGACUAACACAUCUGAUGAUAACGUUUAUGAUAGUAAAUUGACCCAUCAAGCUGUAUAAUGUAGCUGAUGAUGAUAAAAACUGAGGGGGGAUAGGCAGCAUGAAAAUAGAAAGUGUCACUUAAUUGAUAAAGGAAAUGACAAAUACAAUCUCUAUACUUGUAAACUGAAAAUAUGCCUCUAUCCCUACUACCAUUACUAUUGCUUUUGUUGCUACACAUAGCACAGUAGUAUUCAAAUAAAGGUCUCUUUAUACUUAUCAGUGUAUUCCCUCGAUCUUCUCAUUAACUAUUACUUCAACCAAGUGAUUCGUUCACCUGAAAUAAUUCUCUUUUGAUCAUUACUUUUUUUAGCUUUCCUUCUAUAUUUAUUCCAUUUAUCGUCAAAGUAAUCUCUUUUUUAUGUUAAUGUGUACGUGUGUUCAUGUUUAAAUGUUCCUACCAUCAACUGUCACAUUUCUUCUAGACAAAUAAGAUCUACGCUUUUUUAUUAUUAGGUGUCGAAUAAUUACUAAUAGGCUAUCAGAUCACGUUAAUUAUCUUAUACAUUUUUCAGUUUUCUUUAUCGUUUUCUUGUUUUUACAAAUUAUUUGUAUAUUUAGGUUCCAUUAAAAAUCUAUCAUCAUGGCAACUAUCAUCAUUAGUGUUAUUAUCAUUUUUGUGUGACCUCUCCCUCACUACGCGCCUAUACACACAUCCAUCGUACGUUUGCUAUUCUCUCACCACUAUCACUCUUACUGUGUUGUUUCCUUCCUUAAAUACAUGUAAACGGAAUAUACCUAUUGAGACAAAAUAGGGAAGAUAUAUAUGUGCUAAACUAUGUGUUAUCACUGUGUGCACUAUUUUCUGGUAUAUAUCCAGUUUUAGUUUACACAGUAUCAAUAUGUUACGUGUAAACACAAAAUCCCCUUCUUUGCUGUCUUUUCUCUCCAUCACUAGUUAAUAAGAAAAAGUGAAAUGAUAUUUUGAACAAUUGAACAAUCCCACCGUGCUUCUGUUUCCUUUCUUUCUAAUUCGUUUAUUUCUGGUUUAUCUGGUUUUUCAACAUACCACGUUUUACAAUUCAUUGGGAAGAUGGGCAAUUAUAUAAUAUUAUUAUAAUCACUUUUUCAUGUGUUUGUUUUUUGAAUUAUUCCUUACUGGAUUAUUACUACUCUGUGAUGGGCGCGGGAACUUCGAGCGAUACAAUUGUUAUACCAAAGCAAAAUGUAUUAAACAUAUUGAAGAGACUAUGCUUCAAGGAAAUGAAAUUGCAUUUCUCCCUCUCUUUCCUGUUCAUCGUCAUCAACGCUAGACAUCUAAAAACAAUAUCAUAUCACCCGGUUCACAUAUUAGGCUCAUAUUGUUAUCCAAUCUAUAUCAUAAUGUUUGAUUCUUUUAUCUCCUUCCUGUUCUCGCCCCCACUCUCCAACUCAAAUCACAUGAGCUAACCUUGGUGUCUAUUGUAGACACCAGCUAGUUGUCAGUGAUGAGAUACUGUUUGUCUCCUCUCCUAUUAAUUAUUUCAUAAAUGAUUAAUUGCCAUUUUGUUAUAUUUUUUUCAAUAAGGGAAUUUAUUCCUAUUUCUACAUUUAUGUGUAACAUCACUCAAUUUUUCUUAUUAAAGAAAUACAAAAUAUGACUUUUCAAGUCCAUCAUAUUUACUGCCACUACUCUCCACUCACUCAUCUACUUGUGUUAACACAAAAGGGGAAAAAUUCUAAUUCUCGAAAAAAUAUACAGGUAGGUAAAAUGGUCUGAAAUGCGGCGUUUAUUACGUGUUAUUAUUGUUUAUUCUUGCUGACGUUAUUUAUCAUCAAUCUACUCGUUCUUUUACCAAAUACUCUACUCUUCUUGCCUUUUUUUGUUCACUAAUUGUUGCGAUUCCGCGGUAGUUUUCCUCAAACUUCUUUAUUUGUUGUCUGUUCCUCAUCUUUAUGUGUAUGUAUGCGUGUGGGUACUUUCACUCACAUUUGUGUAUGUUUAUCUGUUUGGUGAUUUUUUUAACCAUAAAUUGACGAUUACGAUGGUAUUAACGAUUUCGGAUAAUUCUUCAUUUUCUCCUCUUCAUAUUUUUGUCAAAUGUGUUAAUGCUUUUGUGUGUGUAAGUAUGAAUAAAAUAUAAAUUAUCUUUGAAUACAGUAAUAUUUGUGUUAUGGCGUAAUUUAUUUCUUAAGUUCAAUAAAUUUUAAAUAGGAAACAAUGAGGUUGAAAUUUUAAAAACAAGUAAUUAAUAGUAACGAUCCUAACUAUCGUCCAUCUGAAAACUGGAUAUUGGUUGAAGAGUGGUAUAAAUUCAUAAGGGUGUUUACUUUUAGCAUCGGAGAAUACAGAAAACUGUUGGUUUAGUCCUUGAGGUUUUUUACACCAGCAAUUCAUGGUUAGAUGUUUCAAGUAAUUUUAUUUAAACCAUGAACCAAUCUAAGACAACCACUGAAAACUUAGAGGCCACUUCAUCCUAGUAUGAGACUCCUCAGAAGUACGCGUCCAUCACUCCACACCUUGUAAUCGGACCCAGGACCUCUCGCUCCAACGCUUAAACUCUGGACCACUGGUCCGCUAUUCAAUGAUGUACAACCUUAACUUCAGUCAGCUCACCAUAUUGCGCCGCAGUUUUCCAUUAUCUUCGGUAGGUAACCUCACACUAGCCACGGUUUAGCUUCACAUCUCACAAAACUCCGGAAAUUUUUUUUCAAAGCUAGUCGCUCCGGUUGCGAGGUUGUGGGUGUGUACUGCUGGAGAAUCCUAGGCCACGACGAAAAGGCCUUCUAGGUUCUCAGUGGUUGUCUGACUUAGAUCAGUUUCUAAUUUCAAUGAAAUCCGACAACCGCGUAAUGGCGUUGAGUAACGGUUGGAAUGCACAAUUCAAUCUUGUCUUUAUUGGGCGCUUGGUUGAUCUGUAAGGAAGGCGACGGCCUAGGCUUUAAUACUAGGAGUUUAGUAAGGAUGGGUACAACCCAUAAAUUUAUUUAGACUCCUAGACUGCACGGUGAUAUUUUUCAAGUGAAUAACUCUCACUAGCCUAGUCAUGCUUGAAUCUCACCUAUCUUGUAGUUUCCAAAAAGCAUGUAAUUUAAUGAUGCCUUUCUUAUCUUUAAUCAUCGUACCUGGUACCUGACACAUAAUAAAUUUAUUAGUUGAAUUCAUGAGUCAUUUGAAGCUAGACCAUCAUGGAAAACCUGGAAGCACUGGACGGCCAUCUCGUUUUAGUAUGGGAAUCCUCAGCAGUGCUCAUCCACGAUCCCGCCUCGUGAGAUCCGAAUCCAGGUGGUCUAGCUUCAAUUGACUCAUGAAUUCAACUACUAAAUUUCUAUAAUGUCCACAAAAUCCCUCUCUGAACAUAAUAAACAAACGAGUAAUCAAGCGUAAACUAUCAAUCUCAACGGCAUGAUCAUUCACAGUUCUUUUCAGACAGAUCCAAGGUUAAACAUCAAUACAACUUUUUUUUCUCGACCGCCAAGCACUUAUAUGUCAUGUUGGAACGAUAGCUAAGUGAUUGAAGCAAUUGGGUUACAGUUUCGAUCUAGACUUACUUUUUUGAUUUGUGUAAUCGGAUAUUUGCACUAGCCCUCAUACAAAAGUCACUCAAAGCUCCGAAUACGUGAACCUACAGUCGAUUGUUGUUUUUUUACAUUACGCAGUUGGCAGUUAUAAUCGUCUAAUAAUUCAUCGACUGAAAAUAACAAAUUUGUUAUUACUUACUUAUUUCCUCCUGUUACUACCAAUGGAGCAUAGGUCGCCGACCAGCAUUCUCCAACCCACUCUGUCCUGGGCCUUCCUUUCCAGUCCUAUCCAGUUUUUGUUCAUUUUUCUCAUGUCUGUCUCCAUUUUCCAGCGUAAUGUGUUCUUUGGUCUUCCUCUUUUCCUUUGGCCUUGAGGAUUCCAUGUGAGGACUUGUCUUGUGACGCAAUUGGAUGCUUUCUUCAUUGUAUGUACUAUCCACUUCCAGCUCUUCUUCCUGGUUUCUUGCUCCACUAGGAUCUGGUUUGUUCUCUCCCACAGUACGUUGUUGCUAAUAGUUUCCGGCCAACGGAUCCGAAGUACUUUGCGUAGACAACUGUUAAUAAACACCUGUAUUUUCUGGAUGAUGGCUUUCGUAGUUCUCCAGGUUUCUGCCCCAUACAGUAGAACUGUUUUAACAUUUGUAUUGAAAACUCUGACCUUGGUGUUGGUUGACAGUUGUUUUGAGUUCUAGAUGUUCCUCAGUUGUAAAUAUGCUGCUCUUGCUUUUCCGAUCCGCGCCUUCACAUCUGCAUCAGAUCCACCGUGUUCAUCAAUGAUGCUGCCCGAAUAUG